AGAGAGGGUCUGUGGAAACCGAGAAACAAAGCAGGGAUAGGAAGAAGGAAAAAUGGAAAAGUAUUUCGGAAACGCUUAUCGUGGCGACCCGGGAGUGCCCCAUUCGGACCCGGAUCGCUUCGUCAACAUAUGGGUCGGAUCCGCUGCCUUCGCUGUUCUCACAUAUUUCAAUCCCUACAUGUGGCAGCUCUCUAAUCAGUUCAAUUGGCAUGACAAAGCAAUGCUAUAUGAGCAAUAUCACUGGAAACAGGCAAGGAAGAAGAAUCAGCCAUAUGAGUUCAUGUGGAACAAGACCUGGGACAAGAACCACCGGGAACAUUACUACUACAACUGGCCUAUUUACUUUCCUUAGGCCACUUCUAUUUUUCUUGCAUACUUUGUCCUAUCUUUAUUUUGGUUGCAAACCUGGAUCAAUUGAUGUCCCCUCCCCCCCACGCCGAUCACAUGCUUUUCUCUGAUCACUUGAAAAACAAAUACAAGGAUUCAAUUGUUGUGAUGAAACGAGUAACUAUGUGUUUGGAAAUGAUUUGGUGACACAGUUUUAAAUCAAGUAUUUAAAUUUGUCAAGAAGCAAAA